AUGCCGCCCAUCAAGCUCUCCCUGGACGGCCAAAAUCUGACCAUCCCCGCCGUGCCCCUGACGCCCUCGGCCUUUGCGCCGUUUGGCGACGUCAUCCAGAACCCGCACCCGGCCGUGGCCCCCUCGGCGACGCUGCCGCCGCACCUCGCCCUGCGCGCCGUGUCCGCGAACCAGGGCACGGCCAUCAAGUACCAGCACCCCUCGGUGCCGGUGAACCACUACGCGACGGCCCCGUCCGGCACGCCCGCCCAGCCGGUGCUCAACCUCUUCGUGUGCGCCGCGCGGCCCCUCGACCACCCGCACCCGCCGGCGCCGCCCCCGAUCUCGACGCUGCUGCCCUACACGCCCGUCGUGCACCAGGGCCCGGGCCUCUUCCGCGUGCGCAUCCUCGAGCGCCACCCCUUUACCACCCAGACGUUUGCCCCGCUGGCCGGGCCCGACCGCAGCCCCGCCGCCGGCUACCUCGUCAUCGUCGCGCCGAGCAGGGCCGCCGGUCCCGCGGACGAGGGGCUGCCGAACCCCGACCCGGCCGCCGUCGCCGGAUCCGCGUCCGGAACCUCCGGCUACCCCGGUCGCGGCGUGCCUGAUCUCGCCGGCCUCCGGGCCUUUGUCGCGACGACGGGCCAGGCCGUCACGUACGGCGCCGGCACCUGGCAUGCGCCCAUGGUGGCGUUGGGGCCGCAGGGCACGAGCGUCGAGUUUGUCGUGACGCAGUUUGCCAACGGCGUCGCCGACGAGGACUGCCAGGAGGUCGUCUUCGGGGCGGGCCAGGACGGCAGCGUCGUCGUGCAGGUGCCGGAGCGGUCUGGGCUCGGCGGGCUGGCGAAGCUGUGA